AUGGCCACAGCAAAAGUUGGGAGAAAGCGUCAGAGUCCAAUAUGGGAUUUCUUUGAAUAUGACUGCGAGAAAGACAAGAGCAAGUGUCUCGUAGUGGAAACCGGCGACAAAAUAUGUGGUGUACUUCUCAAGGGGAAGAACCCCACGAAUCUCAAGGUCCAUUUGCGAAGCUCGCACAGAAAGGCUAAUUGUGAGUACCUAGACAAGCUAGCCUCUCUGAGUAGCUUCACUGGAAGAGAAUCCACAUCCCAGCCCGGCAGCUCCGGUAAGGAAACAACAAUAAUGGACUGCUUUCAGCGUCGACAAAGCUGCUGGUUAGUUAAUACGCAGGAACACUGCAAACGAGAAGAUGCAUUAGUAAAUAUGUUUAUUGAGACUGGGAUGUCCACACGACUGUGUGACUUGAUUGCCUUCAAAAAGUUUACCGUUUCGCUUGAACCAAAAUUCAAGUCACCCGGUGCUGCAAGAGUGAAUAACCUUAUUGGUGCGAAAAUGGAAAAGGCAAAGCACAAACUGAAGGAGAUCAUAAAGGACGCAAGGAAGCUGACCCUCUGUGUAGAUGGUUGGAGCAAGAGAGGAUUAACUGCAUCUUUCAUGGGUGUGUCAGCAUGUUUUUAUCAUCCACCCAGAGGCCAGGUUCAUCAUGCUCUGCUUAACCUACACCGAAUAGAGCACCCACACACCGGGGAGUGCAUUGCUCGCUGCAUUGGUGAGACAUUAGAGGCAUGGGGUAUAGGAGAUGACAAGGUGCUGCUCAUUGUGACAGAUAACGGCUCCAACAUAGUCAAAGCUGUGCGGCUGCUUAGGGAUAGAAGCCAAAAACAAAGUAAGGAGUCCCCAGAUGGAUCACGGGCUCAGCCAGGAGGUGCUGGAGAUGGCCUGGAUGAACUGUGGGUCGAAUCAGAAUCCGAGGAGACUGACGAGGAGGAGACUGACGAGGAGGAGAUUGGAGAGACUGGAAACCUGGAACUUAACCUGCCAGAUGAUGGUGAGAACAGCAAGUUCCAGAGGAUGCCAUGCCUGGCCCACACCCUUCAGCUCACCCUGAAAGAUGCCAUCAAGCACCCAAAUGCUGAUGUGCUCAUAUCAAGAGCAAGAAAGCUGGUACAUGCUGUGAGGAAAUCGUCAGUAGCAAAUGAAGCAAUAAUCAAAAAGUGUGGCAAAACUCUGGUCCGAGAUUGUAGCACACGCUGGAACAGCACUUUGGAUAUGCUGAUAAGACUGCUGGAGAUCAGAACUGAACUAAACCAAGUACUUGAGGAGUUGGGCAUGGACACACUUCUUACAAGCGAUUGGGCUAAGAUAGAAAACCUGGUCAAGCUCCUUGAUCCCUUUGCCAUUCACACAGACCAGCUUCAGGGGGACAGCCAGUCACUCUCACACGUGGUGCCAUGCCUGCUCAACCUUGAGGCACACCUUCUGACAACUACUGCUGCUGGGAAGCAGUUAGCGCAAGUGCUGCUGAAGUCCUUACGAGAAUGUUUUGCUGCCAUUCUUAGCCCGGAUUCCCCACACUUUGAUGCUACCCCAGCAGCAGCCUGCCUAUUGGAUCCAAGCGUUUCGCUGAUUCUUCAAACACCAGACAUGGUGCCACUGAGGAGGGCAGCACAGUCUUUAGUAGAGACACUGGCAGCUCAGUACAACCCAGCUACUGCUCCUCAGGAUGUCCCUGCCACUCAAAAUGCAGUAGACUCCCCUCCUACUGUCCUCCAGAAAUACCGCUUCCUUGCAUCUCGUAUGGAGGUCAAUGUGUCAUUGACAAAUCAACCUGAUGGGACUGACAGCCUCUUGACCGAAAUGAAGAAGUAUGUUGAUGACAUAAAACAGAGUGUCUUUAAUGAGACACCACUGCAGUUUUGGAGAUCAAAGGAGGCUGUCUAUCCAAAACUUGCACCUGUGGCACUGGAUCUGGUUAGUGCCCCUGCCUCACAAGCCUUUGUGGAGCGCAUAUUCUCUGUGUGUGGUCUGUUGUCAUCUGGCCUGAGAAACAGAACAACCACAUCUUUGGAGCAGCGUGUUUUCCUCAAGAUCAACAAGAAAUUGUUGAUUGACUGA